GCGGCCCGGGGUCCCUCCGGUCUGUUCCCCGCCCACCACCGUGUUACCUCCGACGUGGCUGCGGCCGCCCACGCGCACCCCUUGCGGUUCACAGUCCCCGUGAGGCUGGGCCCCACCCCUGGCCUCUCUUCCACUCCCGUCUCCCGUCGUUUUCCUGCCUGAAUCCCUUCCCUGGCGUCUCGGGCCUCUCGCGUCUGGUGACCCUCCACCGGGGGCUGUGCGGCUCCCGAAGCACAGCGCCGGCCGCCCAGCUCCAGGAGGAGGCCCACCGCGCCCGCCGGUCUCCUGCUGGCCCCUCCGGCCGACCGCCGCCCCCAACCGCCUACCCGCGGCCUCGGGCCGGACCCUCUGCCCCCCAGGCCGCCCCUGCGAGGCGCCUCUUCCCCAGAGCGCGGUGCGGGAGGCGAGCCGGGACGCCUGGGACGCCCGGACUCGAGCCCUGAUUCCGCCGACGGUGAACGUGCUCUCCCGGGAGGCCGGCGCCCGGUGCCUCCGCGCCCCUGGGCUCGCGGGCGACGGCGCUCGGAAGAGGCCGGGCCGGAGCGGCGGGGACAGAAGCGGAACGAGUGCGGAGGCCGGGAGGCUGCGGCAGAGCAGGCGCCCGGAGAGGACGGGCGAGCCCGGGAAGGAGCAGGCGUCGGAGCCGGGGAGGCUUAGAGGCUAGCGGGACCUCCGGGUGGAGGAUUGGCUUCUAAGAAAGACUCACGUUCCCUGAGGCCAAAGUCUGGAAAAAGAGGAGGAGGAUGGCAGAGAAGGAGCCGGGAAUGGCUGUUCCUCAGUGGUUUAAACUUCCUGGACAUGAUGGUGCAACAAGGGAAUAUCGACAACCCUCCCAAGACUCCCCUGGUGCCGGGGAUCAAGUGCUCCGGGAUUGCUGAAGCUCUGGGGGACAGCAUGAAAGGAUACGAGAUUGGGGACCAUGUCAUGGCAUUCGUCAAUUACGAUGCCUGGGAAGAGGUGGUCUGCACGCCAGUGGAGUUUGUCUACAAGAUCCCAGAUGUCAUGAGCUUCUCUGAGGCUGCUGCGUUCCCCAUGAUCUUGAUCACAGCCUACAAGAUGCUCUUCGAAGUUGCCCGCCUCCGGGAGGGGACGUGCGUGCUCGUGCACUCGGCUGGCGGCGGUGUGGGGUGGCAGGUUGAGAAAGUGAACCCCAUCAAGCGGUACGAAGAGAACAGUCAUCGCGGGGUUUUCCCUUGUAAAUCUGCUCUUCAAACAGGGCCGUGCAGGCCUCAUUCGAGGAGUGGUGGACAAGCUCAUCGGGCUCUACAACCAGAAGAAGACCAAGCCCGUGGUGGAUUCCAUAUGGGCCCUGGAGGAGAUACCUGGAAACCACGCAGAUGUCCCUCAGUAGAUAAAGCUCCAUCAAUAAACCAGAUCAGUGCAGGACCUGAGUCAGUCUACUCGGCUCCACUCCCCGUGCCCCUGCGAUCUCGGAGGAACCUGGUGCUCUGCUGCUGCUCCAGGCACAGCAUGCUGGGAGGAGGCCACAGCCACCUGGGAGCCAGAGAUGAACACCUGGGACUUGGUGAUCAUCUGGAGCACCUGCAUCUGCCCUUGACUCACCAGACACUCCUGCGACUUCAGGAACACCUGCCCGGAGAGCGGCGUCGUGUUGUCAGACGACAGCCCACUCGG